AUGGCCGUCGAGACGUUGAACGUCUUGACGCGGGCCAGUACUGGGUAUCAGUACGAGAAGAUGGAGUUGGAGAAUCCUCCAACUGAAGCGUCGGAGUUGACCUCGCUUCCAGUCAUGAGCUGGAAGCGCUUCGCAAAGGACCUAAUGACAAGCGAAGCGGAAGAGUUGAGGCAACUCUUCGCUGGAAGCGCCACUGAGCGUGAGGAUACUCUCAGUGCCAAGACCACGAAGGAGCGCUUCGAGGAGCAGAGUUGGGACUCGCUGAAGUCGAGUCCCUAG